CAGCGGGGCAAGGGUUCCUCCUUCCCAAACAGAGUGAAGGACUUCGCCGACGGUCACGAGCCUAGACUGUUACUCCACCUACGCUCCAGCUCCUCUUUCUUGCCUCUUAUCUAGAGGUCAUAUCUGUUAAUAAAAGUCCCCUCUAUCGUUUGGUUUUACUCUUGAACCGACCCCAUUCUCGCUACCCCACCAAUAUCAAAUUACCUUCCAACACCACAAAUCUUUAGUCCCAUAUUCAACCUCAGCCUAUUACCUCAAACAUGUCUUCCGACUCUCAACCUCCCUCAGAAUGCUUGGGACCCGAAUAUCGUCCCGCGGCCCUGAAGCCAACAGCUACCGUCUCAACUCCUCUCAAACAGAAGAAUGUCCAUAUUCUACCCCAGUCCCCUCAGUUGAUAGCAUUGCUCACCAUGAUACGAGAUCGCAACACUGGCCGCGCAGACUUUAUCUUCUACAGCAACCGCAUUAUCCGUCUGCUUGUGGAGGAAGGCCUCAACCACCUGCCAACAGAGUCGCAGGAGAUCACUACCCCUGUAGGCCGCACCUACUCUGGUGUCAAGUUCGAAGGCAAGAUCUGUGGUGUCUCGAUCAUGCGUGCGGGAGAGUCCAUGGAGCAAGGAUUGAGGGACUGCUGUAGAAGUGUACGCAUUGGAAAGAUCUUGAUCCAGAGGGAUGAGGAGACCAGCAAGCCGAAACUGUACUACGACAAGCUACCCGAAGACAUUAGCGAUAGGUGGGUCUUGUUGCUGGAUCCCAUGCUGGCCACUGGUGGUUCAGCACUUAUGGCUAUUGAUGUGCUCAAGUCGCGGGGCGUACCAGAGGAGCACAUCCUCUUCCUCAACCUCAUUGCCAGUCCAGAAGGCGCGCAGAACCUUGCGGAUAAGUUUCCCAAGGUGAGGGUAGUUACCGCAUUUGUUGAUGCGGGUUUGGACGAGAAGAACUAUAUCGUCCCUGGGCUGGGCGACUUUGGCGACCGAUUCUACACAAUGUAAGAGUAGUCAACAACAUGUCCGAUUCAUCAAGCGCAUUUGUUGGGCGUAGAGCGGCUCGGUUUUGCUUGAGCAUGGUAGCAUAAGGCUGUUAAGACGAAGAUGCAUGAUUUCGAGCAAUUUGGGAGCCUCUGAUGUGCAAGCUUCAUUACAAAUUUCUAUAGAUCUUGCUCAGCUAACCGUGAACACGUCUCAGCCUGAUGCUGACGAUAAUGAAACGCCAUUGUGAAUCUGUGGAUCUUUUUGGUAUCCUAAACGCCGUG